UAUAAUUUUUAUUUACUUUUGGUUGAAACCUUAUUUCUAAAUUUGUGCAAAAGUCUGUUUAACUCGUGUUUACAGUUUGAGAGUCGUCGUGAUUAGGCGAAAGUAGAGAGAACAAGGAGGGAGGGAGAUGUUAUGUUUUGGAAGGCGAUCACUCUCUCGGAGUCGGAGUCAAUGCUAUCAUACCACUCAGCAAGCCGUAGUGAUAUUAACCCACAACUUUUCGACAAACACCCUCACUCGUCUCGACUUUGAUUACAAACACCUUCUCGAAGCCUGCAUUCGAUCAAAAUCCCUCCCUCAAGGCAAGAAAAUCCAUCAGCUCCUCCUGAAAAACACUACCCACCUCAAAGACAGCUCCUUUUUGCUUGAAAAAGUAGCCCAUUUGUACAUAACCUGCAAUCAACUCCAGCUUGCGUGCCGCGUGUUCGAUAAAAUUCCCCAACCAAGUGUUAUUCUUUGGAACCUUUUGAUAAGAGGAUACGCUUGGAACGGACCCUUUGAAAAAGCCAUCGACUUGUACUAUGGCAUGCUCAAAUCCGGCGUCCAACCCACCAACUAUACUUACCCUUUUGUUCUCAAGGCGUGCUCCGGUUUACAAGCACUAGAAGUUGGCCGAGAGAUCCAUGAGCAUGCCAGAGGACUUGGGCUUCACUCUGAUGUCUACGUUUGCACUGCUUUGAUCGACCUGUACGCCAAAUGUGGGGACUUGGUGGAGGCUCAGAGCGUGUUCCAUGGCAUGCUGUACAAAGACAUUGUGGCGUGGAAUGCAAUGAUUGCUGGGUUUUCACUGCACGGUCUUUAUGAUGACACUGUACAGUUGCUUGUUCAAAUGCAGAGAGCGGGAACAAGCCCAAACUCUUCCACCAUUGUUUCGGUUCUUCCCACAGUUGCACAAGCUAAUGCAUUGAGGCAGGGGAAGGCAAUGCAUGGUUACUCCCUAAGAAGGGGCUUUAGUGGUGAGGUGGUGCUUGGUACUGGGCUUUUGGAUAUGUAUUCUAAAAGCCAGUGCAUAGCUUAUGCGAGGAGAAUCUUUGAUGCUAUGAAUUUCAAGAACGAGGUUUGUUGGAGUGCUAUGAUAGGUGCAUAUGUUAUCUGUGACUCUAUGACAGAGGCAAUAACAUUGUUUCAUGAAAUGGUUAUACGGGAGGAAAUAAAUCCAACAGCAGUAACUCUCGGGAGCAUUCUACGAGCUUGCGCAAAGCUAACUGAUCUGAGUAGAGGGAGACGGGUUCAUUGCUAUGCAAUUAAAGCUGGGUUUGAUUUAGAUAAAAUGGUGGGUAACACAAUGCUAUCUGUGUAUGCGAAGUGUGGGAUUAUAGAUGAUGCAGUCAGAUUCUUUGAUACAAUGAACUCCAAAGAUACAGUUUCUUAUGGUGCUAUCAUCUCAGGCUAUGUGCAGAAUGGUUAUGCAAAGGAAGCUUUACUUAUGUUCCAUAAUAUGCAAUUGUCUGGGAUCAAUCCAGAUGUGGCAACCAUGAAGGGUGUUUUGCCGGCUUGUUCACAUUUGGCCGCUCUACAGCACGGGGCCUGUGGACAUGCUUAUUCAAUUGUUCAUGGAUUUUGUACAGACACCUCAAUCUGUAAUGCCUUAAUAGACAUGUACUCAAAGUGUGGGAAGAUCAAUAUAGGAAGGAAAGUUUUUGAUAAAAUGGUUACGCGUGAUAUUAUUUCAUGGAACGCAAUGAUAGUUGGUUAUGGGAAUCAUGGCCUUGGGAUGGAAGCAAUCUCACAGUUCCAUCAUAUGCAGUCAUCUGGCAUUAAGCCCGAUGAUGUGACUUUCAUUGGCCUCUUAUCUGCUUGCAGCCAUUCGGGGCUUGUAACUGAAGGCAAACACUGGUUUAGUAAAAUGAGUCAGGAGUUCAACAUAAACCCGAGGAUGGAACAUUACAUAUGCAUGGUGGAUAUUCUCGCCCGGGCAGGACAUUUGGAUGAGGCACACAGUUUCAUCCAAAGAAUGCCAUUUGAGGCUGAUGUUCGUGUGUGGAGUGCACUGCUUGCUGCAUGCAGAGUCCAUAAUAAUAUGGAACUCGGGGAAGAAGUAUCCAAGAAAAUUCAAGGGAAAGGACUUGAAGGUACUGGGAAUUUGGUCCUUUUAUCUAACUUAUACAGUGCUGUUGGGAGGUGGGAUGAUGCAGCCGAUGUCAGAAUCAAGCAGAAGGACCAAGGCCUUAAGAAGAGCCCAGGAUGCAGUUGGGUUGAGAUCGAUGGCGUUAUCCAUGGAUUUGUCGGUGGAGAUCAGUCCCAUCCUCAGUCAGCUCAGAUACAUGAAAAACUAGAAGAACUACUAGUAGAUAUGAAACAGCUGGGAUAUCGUGUGGAAAAUAGAUUUGUUCUCCAAGAUGUUGAGGAAGAGGAGAAAGAAAGAAUCCUCCUUUACCACAGUGAGAAACUAGCCAUUGCCUAUGCAAUUCUUUGUCUGAGCCCGGGCAAACCCAUCUUAGUUACCAAGAAUUUGCGGGUUUGUGGUGAUUGCCAUGCUGCCAUAAAGUUCAUCACUCUUGUUACAAAGAGAGAAAUAACUGUAAGAGAUGUGAGUCGGUUUCAUCAUUUCAAGGAUGGAAUUUGCAGUUGUGCAGACUUCUGGUGAAGCAGAUGGAUUCAGGGGUGCAUUGUUCAACCUUCCCCUUGUCUCUUUGGCUAUAUAAUUGCUGCAUUUUUAGCAGGUUAGUUUCAUUUACGAUUAACGGAGCACUUCCAUUACAUUGACAAGUUCACAAGUUGUAGUUGUUGCAGAUGUAGGCCAUA